GCGGGCACUGCUGGCUACCCGGCCCGGCCUUUCCCGUGCCUCCCGACCCGACCCGUCCCGGCCCCGCCCCGGGGCUUCCCGCGGGAGGCAACGGCACGGCGGGACGGCUGGGCCCCGCCUGGGGGCAGCUUCUCGCCGCCAAGUUUGGGGCCGGCCGAGGUGCCAUGCCGCCCAAGGAGCGCGGCAGGGGCCGGCUGCCGGUUCCUCUGCCAAAGGACAUGAUCCUGAAAGACACCGAGGGAAAAGUCUGGAGGCUGGGCAGCCAGAUCGGCCAGGGAGGAUUUGGUUUGAUCUAUCUAGCUUCCCCUCAUACUCAUGUUCCUGUAGAAGAUGAUGCAAUGCAUGUAAUUAAAGUGGAAUAUCUUGAAAAUGGGCCCUUAUUUUCCGAACUGAAAUUUUACCAGAGGGCUGCAAAACAAGAGCAUAUAAGAAAAUGGAUGAAUCUCAAAAAAAUAAGAUGCUUAGGAAUUCCAGUGUUUUGGGGAUCAGGCUUGGCUGAGUACAAGGGAAAAAGCUAUAGAUUCAUGGUCAUGGAGAGACUGGGGGAAGACCUUCAAAGAAUCUUUAAAGAUUGUGGAAGUAGAUUUAAGAAGGAGACUGUUCUGCAACUUGGAGCACGAAUGUUGGAUACUCUGGAAUAUAUACAUGAAAAUGAGUAUGUUCAUGGUGACAUUAAAGCAGCAAAUCUGCUUUUGGGCUACACCAAUCCACAUGAGGUUUAUCUUGCAGAUUAUGGACUUUCCUACAGAUAUUGUCCCAAUGGGAACCACAAACAGUAUCAGGAAAAUCCUAGGAAGGGCCAUAAUGGGACAAUAGAGUUUACCAGCGUAGAUGCCCACAAGGGAGUAGCCCCAUCCAGACGAGGUGACCUUGAAAUCCUUGGCUACUGCAUGCUGCAAUGGUUAUGUGGGAAACUACCCUGGGAGCAGAACCUGAAGGACCCCGUAGCUGUCCAGACUGCGAAAACAAAACUUAUGGAUGAGCUCCCAGAUUCAGUUAUGGAAUGGAAUUCUUCUGGAAGCAGCUGUAGUGAACUAUCCAAGUUUUUGGCAUGUGUUUAUGGCUUAGCUUAUGAUGAGAAGCCAAAGUAUCAAGCGCUCAAGAAAAUCUUGCUGGAUGGAUUAGAGUCAAGUGGAACUCACUACGAUGGCCCUCUGGAAUUUUCCACUGCAGGACGCGCACGAAAUCGUUGUACUGCUGAAGCGUCAAAAGUUUGCUUACCAAAGCCUGUACCAAAACCAGUUCAACAGAAGCAAAAAAAGAUGGAAGGUGAGGAAUACAUGCGCCCAAACAAGGCCUGUACUGCGGUAACAGGCAGACAACUCCCAGAUGAAGAAAAGCCAAGUAACUUACACCGGAUGCUUCCACAACCAGAGCCUCAGCAGGUUCACUUACCAAAGCCUUCGUGGAAACCAGUGCAAAAGAAGCAAAACAAGAUGAAAGAGGAAGACUCCAACUAUCCAAGCAGGCCCCAAGCUCGGAUAACACACAGGCAAUUCCAGGCUGAGGAGAAGCCAAUUAAAUUGAACAGCACAAUUCAGGAGCCUGACCCACAAAAGAAAGACGCAGGAAGAGAAUUACCACCACUCUACCCCCAAGCAACAUUCUCAGAAUCCAGAAAGAACAAUCAAGAUCAACUGUUAACUACAGAUCAUCCAGUAUCAUUGCAAGAACCUGGUCUUUCUAUAUCCACUAUAUUUAGACUUGCAUUUACUGAAGAAAGAUACCACUACAGUAUAGCUAUACUUGCACUUCUGUUUCUAAUAUUGCUUUCUUUGUCUUUUACUUGA